UCCUAUUAAUUCUUUUACUUUUGAUUUCUAAGGUUCUAUCCUAUCAUCAUGUUCUUUAGGAAGAAGCAACAUAAAUCCACAAUAAACACGGAAAAAAUAACAAAUUACACACAUUUUCAUGAGAUUCCAUUAAAAAUCGUAGGUUGCUGGGACUGGUAUAAAGAACCAACGAGAGAAUGGCAAAUAAUUAUUAACAAUGUGUAUGUCUGCAUGGUCCUCUUUGUUCUGGCGAGUAUACCUAUGACUUUAUUCGUGAAUUUGUAUAUCGAAUGGUUGGGAAUUAUGAGCUCUUUGGAUGAAUUAGCAGACGCCAUGCCGUCGCUCGUUUCUUUAGCUGUAGUCAGCUAUUUCGUUAUAUAUCGCAAAGAAAUGUACGAUUUAACGGGUUUCAUGAGGAAGAAUUUUGAAUAUUAUUCGGCAAACGGCUUGACGAAUAUGACGAUGUUGAAAAGUUAUCGUGCAGCAAAGAAUUUUGCCUAUUUUUACACUGCGUGCACAAUGUUCAGUGUCACUUUGUAUGUGAUGCCUGAGAUUAUUAACUUGUGGAUGAAGAUGCCUCUUCAGAACAGGAUCUAUGCCGACAUCACAAGAGCUCCUUUCCUGGUAUUUGCUUUCAUACGCCAGUGCAUGGGACAAGCGUUCAUCGGACUUGCCAUGGGACAGUUAGGCGUAUUCUUCGCCUCAAACUCCAUUCUCCUCUGCGGCCAACUGGAUUUAGUAUGCUGUUCGGUCCGCAACGUCCGGCACACCGCACUGCUGAAGGGCGGAGCGACUCACUCGGCCUUGACUGCGCAAGCCGACGUCCUUCUAGAUGAGAUGCACAGCUACAUGUAUAAUACUGCCGAAAUGGCCGUCUCUGGGUAUAACUAUGGAGAGACGAUGUAUGCACAUUUUGUGGAUAAAACCGCACAGAUUGAUAUCUACAGCAGCGCCUACGACGCGGGCACAGUAGACGCACUGCGGCGCUGCGCCCGCGUCUGUCAAGUCAUCAACGUGUUCAAGGACAAAUUUGAGAACUUCGUCUCGCCGCUGUUGGCUCUUAGAGUCAUACAAGUCACUUUGUACUUGUGCACGCUGUUGUAUGCUGCUACCUUGAAGUUAGACAUGGUGACAGUGGAAUAUUUGGCCGCGGUCGCACUUGACAUAUUCGUGUAUUGUUAUUAUGGAAACCAAAUUAUAUUACAGGCAGACCGCGUUUCUACAGCAGCUUAUCAAAGCGCCUGGCACACGAUGGGUGUGCGGCCUCGUCGAAUGCUGCUUAACAUCCUACUGGCUAACCGACGCCCGAUUAUAGUUCGUGCUGGAAGGUUCCUCCCCAUAGACUUGCAUACUUUUCUUGUUAUAAUCAAGACUUCAUUCUCUUACUACACUCUUCUAGUCAACGUGAACGAAAAACACGCUUAAGCUAAUAUUUGACAAAUAUAUCCUCUUAUCAAACAAUAUUAAACGUUGACAUAA